UUCUGGCGCCCUAGCGUUUGUCUUCGGCACUCGUUGAUUGUACACAAAUGUGGACUGGACAGACACAUGCUGCUGGAGACCCAUUCACAGAUUGAUGAAUCCAGCUUGUUAUAAACACGAACAUGGAUGAAUUCGCUCCAUUAGAUUGCCUUUUGCCUUCAGGAAAACAAAGGAUUUGCUUGAUUAUCCUAAAUCAGCUGGUAGAUGAGCAGUACUUCCAUGUGCUGUGGAGUAAAGCCAAGAUCCGAGCAUGUGCAGACGGAGGUGCCAAUCAUCUGUACCGGCUCACGGAGGGUCGUCGUGACAGUUUUCUCCCAGACUACAUAAAUGGAGACUUUGAUUCAAUCCUGCCAGAGGUCAAGGCAUUUUACACCGAAAAGAACUGCAAGAUGAUGAAAACGCCAGACCAGGAUCUGACAGACUUCACUAAGUGCUUGGCCAUUGUGCUGGAGGAGAUCAAAGCACAGAAAUUGCAGAUAGACACCAUCGUAACCCUGGGUGGACUUGGAGGCCGGUUUGACCAGAUCAUGGCCACGGUGGAGACCUUGUUUCAUGCCCAGAAGAUGACGGAUCUGCCUGUGGUGGUUAUACAAGACCGUUCUCUGGCUGUCCUCCUCCAAGAAGGCAGACAGCACCAUCUGAACGUGAACACUGGCUUGGAAGGGAAAUGGUGUAGUCUGGUUCCUGUGGGCAGCCCUUGUCUAACCACCACUUCUGGGCUUAAAUGGAACUUGGCGCAGGCCAGUAUAUUGCUCCCUCCUCUUCAGCUGCACCUCUACAGAUGAUGGCACUCUCAACAGAAGCCCUGCUAACCCCAGAUUACGACACAGCCAGCACAAAGCCAUGCCGUAAAGACCCUUCUGCUCAGAUGGUCAAGGCUCCUUCUGCUUUACUGAAUACGAUUUUUGUGUCCAUUGAAAAGCACGCUUUGUGUGAGAGAGGUCAUUGACGGCAGCGUCUUCCCAGAGGUUAUUGGUAAUUCAUUGAAGGCUGUUUAAUGGACGCCCGCUGUGGCCCUGAGUGAUUUAGAACCUCAGACUCUCAUUCUUGGUAAUAGCGGCAGAAUGGGAUGAGUUUACGGCCCAUUACUAUUCUGCUCUCUUGAUAUUUCUGUAGGGGUAGAUAUCAAGGCCAAAUAUUAAAGUUAGUCAUCAGGCCAGGGAAGGAGCUGCAUUUCGAGAGGGUAAUCAUGACCGCAAUUUGAUUUUUGACAAGAACUUCAGAGAACACUUAAAGGGAGUCUCGCUGACACCUGAAGAGACCUGUAAAAAUGUAUAUAGCUCAGUCAUGUAAUGCUGCAUGUACUAUUACAGUACAUCUCACUGUAUUGAAAGGAAUGCUAAUGCUACACUGUUAGCCUGCUAACUUUUCCCCUUGACAAUGUUCGUUGUAUUUGUAUUUGUGUUUCUUCAUUGAGAGAGGAUUAAAUCUGCAGAUAGGGGAAGUAGCAAAUUUCCUUCUGUCCGUGUGAAUCUUUUAAGGACGUCGCACUGUUCUUCUCAGAAGGCCUCAGCGUGAGUUUGUGUAACUGAGAGCUUUUAUAGGCAAAGCUUGACAUUUUUUGACCAUUUGAAAGUUAAUGCCACUCACUUUUUCAAGUGAAAAUAAUAUUACUUUCUAUUCCUUUAUCCAGUCCUUCAAGUGAACAAUUCGGGAGCUAUUGUGGAUAAUGUCUUUGGCUUCCCGACAGGAAAUGAUACAACAUUAUAUAGCUCUCAGAAUUGUUGUUCACAUGCUGUCCUCUGCACAAUAGUAGUGAUCGUCUCUGUUAGUUAUGAAGCCUUGAAGGUGGGUCACCGUUUUAUAACAUACUGUAAUACGGCGUUUUGCUUUGUGUUUACCAUGUGAUAGAUCUAGACUGUCUUCCAGACUGAAAUGGUGUUGCAUAAGAUAAAUGACCAAGAACCUCUCAGUGGGGUGAUGCUGAAUAGUUGUCGGUGGGGUGUUUUUACAGAAUGGUCAAUGUGAAUAUUUAUUGUGAUUACUGUGGUUAAAGUGGGCAUUUAUAGCUUUGCUGUCGGAUUUCUGUUAUUACCAUAAAGACCUCUGAAGGACAGAAUCUAUUUAGUGUGUGUGUGUUUUUUUUUUCAAUGCAGGUAAAUGAAAGGAGAGCUUGUCUCCUUUUUGCUUUUAUUCACUAUCUCUCUCUUACUCUCUCUCCCUCUCGUCACCUACUCUCUCUCUCUCUCUCAUGUUUUGUUUUCUUCUUUAGCUUUUCCCUCAGCCUCCUAGUGUCUCAAAGGAGAGAAUAAAGAUUGUCU